AUGCCAUUCUCUCAUCCUAGCAAGUCAAGCUGCAACGAGCUCGUCUCAUACUACGCAGACGCUACCAAGGGCAAGACGAUCCUCACAACGGGCGUGUCUCCGACCAGCAUCAGUGCGCCGUUCGUCCGCGCCCUCGCCACAGCCGGUCCCCGUCUCCUCAUCCUGGCCGGGAGAAACCUCGACAAGCUGCAGCAAGUCGCCGAUGAAAUCACCACGGCACACCCAGAGGUCGACGUGCGCCUGCUUCAACUCGAUUUAGGCAGUCUCUCUGCCGUACGAAAGGCAGCUGAAAAAGUGAACGUCUGGGACGACGUGCCUGUCAUUGACGUGCUCGUUACCAACGCGGGGAUCAUGGCCACGCCAUAUGUCCUGUCGCCGGACGGCUAUGAGAGCCAGUUUGCCGUCAACCACCUCGCGCACUUUCUCUUCGUCAACCUCGUCAUGGACAAGCUCCUUGCAUCGCCUUCUCCGCGCGUUGUCAGUGCGACAAGCAAAGGUCACCGCUUCAGCCCGAUCCGGUGGGGUGACAUCAACUUUGAUAACGGGGAUAUGUACGACAAGUGGGCAGCGUACGGGCAGUCCAAGACCGCCAACAUACUCCUUGCCAUCUCCCUCGCAAACAAGCUUGGCAAAAGGGGCCUCCAGGCGCACAGUGUCCAUCCUGGCACCAUCGCGGGGACCGGCUUGGCUUCACAUCUUGACAUGUCGGCAGACGUCGCCUUGCUGAUGGCACGAGAUCAGUUGCUCGGCAACCCUGAGGGCUGGAAUAGGGUCACGGAGUACGUUACCCCUGAACAAGGGGCAGCGACCUACGUGUUUGCCGCUUUUGAACCAAGUCUCACAAAGCGCAAUGGCGCCUACCUUCUUGACUGCCGUGUCGGCGAUCCAUACGUCGACACCAUCAUGCCUUGGGCAACGAGCUCCAUCGAAGCCGAGCGCCUGUGGAGGCUUAGUGAGAGCAUUGUGGGACAAAAGUUUACUUACUGA